GCGAGAAAAGAACAAGAAUAGCCAAGCCCAACGAAUCUCAUGAUGCUGGGCCACGGCCUGGUACGCCGGCCCUCGCGAGGCACAGUAAAAUAAAGGAGGGAAAGGCCUAACCAGCCGUAACACGACCUGACCUAGGCCUUCGACAGUAGUCCCAGAUCCAGCUCCACAAGUUUCCUUUCUUCCGCACUAACCAUUAUGCAACGAGACGGGUACUCGACGCAACAGAUAGCGCCCUACAGGGACGACCCAACGAGCUCCAAUGCAAACGGUUAUCAUGAUGAAGGCCUCCAAAAUCGCCAACUUCCUGGCACACACGCUCAUUCACCAUUCGACUCGUCGCACGAUCUCUCCGACCCAACGGAUUCAGCGCAUCCCCUUCCAGGCCAAUCCAACCCAGACGUGCCCUACAUGCCCGUCCCACAACCAAACUACCAGAACAUCGAAGCUCCCCGCAACAAUGAAUGGCUCGAGCAUUCGCAGCAGAAAAGCAAACGGUCAAGAUGGAUCGUCAUCGGCUCUGUGAUCACCGUCGCCAUACUGGUUGCUGUUGGCGUCGCUCUUGGUGUCACGCUCUCGAAAAAGAGCUCGAACAACAGCUCUAGUUCCAAUACCAGUGACUCUAGCGCCCCAGCCGGAACGAACCCCAACGACCCUAGCAACUUCCAGAAAAACCCAGCUUUAAAGCAGGCGUUCUAUGGCGUUGCGUAUACCCCACUUGGCUCGCAGCUGCCCGACUGUGGGAACAACCUAACGGAGGUUAUUGAGGAUAUCCAGCUGUUGUCUCAGAUCACAACGACCAUCCGUCUCUAUGGCGCUGACUGCAACCAGUCCUCCCUCGUCCUUGCCGCCAUUGAGGCCACCAAGGUUAACAUGUCUGUCUACCUCGGAAACUACCCCGCUGUCGGCGAUAACGGGACCGCGUACGAGCGCCAGAGAGGCGAAAUUCAGACUGCUCUUCAGCAAUACGGUGGAUCCAACGUUCUCGGUGUUACAGUCGGCAAUGAAUUCGUUCUUGACUACAUCACUGCCCAAGGGCAGACGGAUCCUAACGGCUCCGCAGGACAGGCAGCUGCAGCGAUGCUGAUACCCUGGAUUAAUGAUACCCGUUCAAUGUUGGCUGGGUUGAAUCUUGGCAACAUUCUCGUCGGUAAUGCAGAUGCUGGAAGUUAUUUCAACGACCAAGUUCUCGCCUCCGUUGACUAUGGGAUGUCGAACGUCCACCCAUGGUUCGCCAAUCAAUCGAUUAAUGACGCGGCUGGCUGGACGGCGAACUUCUUCCAGACCCAGAAUGUUGCUCUUGCUCAAACUCUUGCGAACAAGCCGAAGAUGUUUAUCGCCGAGACUGGCUGGCCAACUGACUCUUCUCAGUUCAAUUACAGCCCGAAUGACGGGCCUUCGGUUGCUUCGGUGGCCAACUUACAGGUGCGAUUCGUUUUUGAACCUGUCACUUUCACCACCCAUGUCAUAUAAUGAUUGCUGACUCAUACUUGCAGAUAUUCAUAGAUACUUUCGCAUGUCAAGCUACUGCUAACGGUACUGGAUAUUUCUUCUUUGAGUACUGUGACGAGCCAUGGAAGGCUACGACAUAUGGUGGUGUAGAGGGAUACUGGGGCUUGUUCGACUCCAACAAAAACUUGAAGAACCUCACAC